AUGGAUAAACUAGCAAGACUUCUCUUAGCUGUUUCUUUUCUCACAAUAAUCGAGGUGAUUCAGAAAGUAUCUGCGCUGCGUUGCUAUUCGUGCUCAAUUACAUCGCAAGAUUCCGAUACAAAAUGUUUGAAUGAUCCAAUCAGUGUUGAGGGUCAAAGUGUUGUGAACUGUAAUAAGAAAUAUUGUACGAUUCUCAGACAGGAGUUGAAGGAUCCGCCAGGGAGAAUAAACACAUUUGUAAGAGGAUGCGAAGAAGUACCGACGCUUCUCGACGAUGUGAUUGAUGACCCAACGUUCCGGACAUUUUAUAGAUCUUGUUCAACGGAUUUAUGUAAUGUUGGGGAUGGAGUAAAAUCUUCAUCUCAAGAAAAUAUAUCUCCUGAUGGAUAUAGUGGAGAGAAUUUGCUCGUACCUGGAUUACCUUUUAAUUCUACUUCAAUUAAUCAGACUCCGAUUUCUUUAAUGGUUCAAAUCCUGGAAGCUUCCCUGGAAGUUUUAAAAUCUUUCGAAAUCCCCAAAAAUCCCCAAAGAGCUUUCCCGUGA